AUGAGUAACGAAAGGGAGCAUGGACCUGGUCCUGGUGAUACACCUGAAAAGCCGGGAAAUAAAAUGCCCAAAAAACCCCAAGGUCCAGGUACUUGUGACCAGCCUAAACAGAACAUAAGGAAAACACUGUUUGGGAGAGGCAACCCAACUGUGACUACUAAAGGAAAAGAAAAGCCAAAAGAGUGGUGUUCUGAGGAGAUACAGGCUCUCAUACAGUACAUUGGUUUAUACUGGGAUGGUGCUGCAUCAAAUGGGUGGCCCAAUACCAAAGAUGGGCAGUUUUGGGAAUGCUGUGCAAAUGCCAUUGCAGAAACAUCUAAUUUGCCUAAACGUUCA